CGCUGCACAUUGCUUCCUCGAGGUUGAGCAUAUGCCAGCAUGAUGCAAAAGGUCCACAUAAAGCGUGGCCUCUGAGAUCCUGGCUUCGAUAGACCCGAAUACAUCACGGUGGAAGAUGACAGCCUCCCUCGACUUCCACCUCUUGAGCAAAGCGGACGAAUACGAGCCAGCUCGCGUAGAACUGCUCGAGACGGCAGAACUCGAAAGCCAUGGAACGCUGUGGGAAAUGACCAUGUCUCACCAAUCCGACCGCUUAUAUUUAUAUUCUGAGGAACAAGUCGACCUAUCAAAAUACCGGGCCGAGAUGGGUACAGCAAGUCAAUCCACUGCUGAGCAGGGCGUACGGAAAGCGAACUCAUAGAUCCCCUGUACUGCAGGGAGAAAGGGAAGAGGAAAAAGACGAGGAAGAGUAAAAUCAAGACAGAAUAUGGCAGUACUCGUCGCCGAUCGGCAUGCGCUCACAAUGAACCCGACCAAUCUCGUAGACGCACGCUCGACGCUCGCGUGCAUAGUCACGUGAAUGCUGCAGCCCCGAUCUCUCAGCGCUCCUCCUUGCCCCCUCCCCCCCGCGCUAUCAUCUGGAUGUGGCCCCGGUUCUGCUGUCCCCAGAGUGUUUAAUCGUUGAAAAGGCGAUGCGGCUGAUGAGCAGCGCUGAGCGAAUGAUCACGAAUGAGAAAAAAACAUCUCGUGCGAAGCUGCUAUGGGUCGCACGCCGUGGACAGACCCCGAUGCUCAUAGUAAGUCUGGUGGAGGCAGCGGGAAACGUCAUGAAUCAAGUGUCGCGGUGCUCGGGACUGACGAGCGGCACCUAAUUCUGGACGCCAAUCGGCUGGUAUUGGCAUUCGCGCUCCUUCUCCCACGAUCCUAUCAUGGGCGUACACGCGGCUGCUAAGGAAGAUGAAAGUAUAUCAACUCCAUUCCAUGAUUACGAGGAGUGAAAAGAUAAAGCAAAUAUACCAAAUUCGGUAGAGUUGUGAAUUGUUAUGGAGAAAAUAAAGAAAGAAGAAUCACGAACAAAACGCAACAAACAAACAUCCAUCGGCCUCAAAGCCGGGCGUACAGCCGGACAAAACAAGGUAGCAGCGAGAGGACGAGGGAAACACGCCUGUUCGGUAGCACUGUUACAACGAGAUCUCCAGGCGGUGAGUGAUCCUUUCUUCUUACUGAGCCGCGACGUCCUGGGCGAGUGCGCACGUCGAGCCAACGGGGUAUCUCUCGACGAGCGUCGUUGCGCACGCAAGGCACCACCCGAACCGCAAGAGGUUGAUCUCUGCUGCCGUGUAAUGGCGGAAUCACUUGGGCAUCGAGAAGGGGACAAUCAGUACGUGCGACGAUGGGACAUGGGUUGGCCGAUGGACGUGUGUUGACCUUCAGGAACACGACAGUCCAUUGAAAGUUUCGAUGACGAGAGCUUCGCAUGGGCGGUACAGGUCGUAUGAUCUACGUCUGC